GAGAUGAUCAGUUCGAAUUUGGGAAUAGUCUUCGGCAUCGGGAUUAUUUGUCUGUUGAGCGACACAGGAGGUCUGGGACAGACUGCUGGGAAACCAGGCACUCGUCGCUUGGUGAAUGGGACACUGGGACAGUCAGUCACAUUACCAGGAUGUAUCUCAGGAGAAAACAUUUUAAUCCUCACUUGGGAUUACCGCAGUUCACCAACAUCAGACAAGGUUCAAUUAUGUACAAAAUCUCAAAACAAUCCAAUACAAUAUGACAAACAGGGAAUCAGGUUAAACCUGAAUGACACUAGUCUGGAAAUACAGAACCUAACAGAACACGAUCAAGGUCUGUAUGAAAUGAACGUAUGGACGAAGCUGGCUGUCCAUGAACAAGUGACAGAACUGAAGAUUUAUGAACGAGUGUCAUUACCAGUAAUAACUAUCAGUGAAGCCUUCAGUGACGGGGUGUGUAACGUUAGCUUGGUGUGUUCACUGGAGCACGGCACCGAGCCAGUCUACACUUGGUGGUCAGGAGAUGGCAAGGCCACGGCAGAUGGGUCGCACAUACUGACUGACGAAGGGAGAAGGCUGGCACUAUCCAUACCUCUACCCAACAACAACAGUGUGUACAAAUGCACCGUGGGGAACCCUGUUAGUGAGGAGACGCGGAGCGUGGAUCUAACACAGCUCUGUCCUGCCCAUGAAGGUGUCAAGCAACAGCAAGCACUCCAUAUUGGCUUGAUUAUUGCGGGAAUUGGGUUGGGAGCUAUCAUCUUUUCUAGCGUUGGCUACAUGUGUUGGAAGAAAGAACCAAACCACGAUGAAGGCAGAACUCCGCCAUGCUUAGCUUAUUUCUGAUGAUGUGAGGUGCAGAGGCCUGGGAACCAUUACCUCCAGUUUCAAGGACAGCUUCUUCUCAUCAACCAUCAGGUUCUUGAACCCUUUCAACCCUUUCUGGCUUAAUCCCUUCCUUCACC